AUGGAAGAUAUUGAGCUCGAGGAAGGAGAAGCUUACUCUUACCAUAAUAUCAAUAACAACAACGACGACGAUUAUGAUGCGAGCAUGGACCCUGAUACUACUCUCUCUUACAUAGAUGAAAAACUACAGGAUGUCUUGGGACACUUUCAAAAAGAUUUUGAAGGUGGAGUUUCAGCUGAGAAUUUGGGUGAGUCAAUGUACCUCAGAAGGGCAAAGUUCGGUGGUUAUGGUUCAUUUUUACCUACCUAUCAGCGGUCUCCUGUUUGGUCUCACUCAAGGACCUCACCAAAAAUUCAACAUUGCAAUGCAUCUAGAUCUCCAAACAAUUUGCAAAUGGAGGGUGGCCGCCGUAGCUCUGUCUCAUCGUCAACUACAUCUCAAUUAGUAAGACUCGAACCUUCUUCUACAGUACUGAAAGAGUCGGUUAAACAAGAAGCACAUCUUCCAUCCACUCAUUUUUCUGAGGAACUUUUUCCUAGAGAUGAAUCUGUAAAUAAGAAAUCUGCUAGUUUACCCGACCAGAAAAUGCUGAAAGUUCGAAUCAAGGUCGGUUCAGAUAACUUGUCAACAAAAAAAAAUGCUGCAAUCUAUAGUGGUCUUGGGCUUGAUGUCUCGCCAUCUUCCUCACUGGAUGACAGCCCCUCCGAAAGUGAAGGGAUGUCUCACGAGCCUCAAGAUGCUCAUCUUGAAUCUCCUGCUCAUAUUCUUCUGAUAAUGACAUCUUUUCCAGUGCAUGGAGGUCUGCUGCUAUCACCUCUUUCUGAUGAUCUACUCCACUUGAAAGAGAAGGAAAAAUUACUUAAAGACAGUGAAUGCUUGCCUGUUCAAAGGUUUGGUCCAGAAAGUUCUUGCAUUGUAGUGAAUGGGUCUAGCUCUGUAAAGGGUGAUGGGACAAUGUUUGGAGAGAAGCAAAUGAAGUCAAUAGUGAGAAAUGAGCUUUCGGCAGAAUCAAAGAACGAUAUUAAUAAGAAUUCUGUGAGUGGUGUUGGUGUUAUAUCGAAGUUGAUAGAACUUGACACCUUUGAUUGUGAGGAGCUUGUUUCUAAUACCUUAAAGCUUCCACCUUUGUCAAAUUCAUAUUCUGGUGUUGCUGGUACUUCAAAAGGAAUGGGUAGGGCAUCUAAGAUGUCCAAGGGAACGAUGAGUGACAAAGUUUUUUCUAGUCUAGCAAAAGAGGAACCACAUGUGCCAAUACUCGCUCAAGAGAGUGGCUGGAUCAAGAAUUCCAAAUCCAAGUUCUCUGGAAAGGUUUGGGAAGAUAGAAAAGCUAGCACUCUUGGCAGUGAUUCAGUCUCUCUAUGGAAAGAUGGCCAUCGCAAAGUUGAAAAGCCUCUUGAAUCAGUCAAAAUUGACUCAAAUGUUUCAAAGGGGAGGAAGGCUCUAAAUCAGGCUCCAACAGAACCUCCCAAGCAGAAUGCUGAUGAGAAAGCUAUGUUCUAUGAACAGGAAGGUAUGAAGUUACCUCAUGUGAAGGAGUCCUCUUCUGAGGGAAAAAAGAAACUAAAGGGAAGUCAAAGUCAUGAUACUGUAGUUGAUGAGGCACCGAAUGAGAGUUUGAGGUUUGGCUCGUCUUUGGUACCGAAAAAUAAGAAGAGCAGUUAUGCGGACAACUAUACAACUAAAGGGGAGUCAGGGGACUUGAAAUUACAAAAGAAUUCUGGAAAAACUGGGGAUAGAUAUAGAGAUUUUUUUGGGGACAUGGAACUAGAACAAGAAGAAAUCCAGAGGAGUGCGUUGGUAAAGAGUUACGAGGAUAGGCCAGAGGACUUUGAAAUGGUUGAAAAGAGUACGGUUGGAACUAACAGUAUGUCCAAGGAACAAUCAAGCAGUAAGAAAGUGGAUAAGUUGUUAACAUCUGAAGCAUUUCCUACAGCUGCUUCAAUUGGUGCUGUACACAAUGGAGGCGGGCCCAUAGCUGAUACUGCUCCUGGUGAAGAGAACUGGGUCUGUUGUGACAAGUGUCAAAAAUGGCGGCUUCUUCCACCUUGUACAAAUCCUGAUGAUCUGCCUGAAAAGUGGUUGUGUAGCAUGCUUGACUGGCUGCCUGGUAUGAACCGGUGUAGUUUUAGCGAGGAUGAGACAACACUUGCAACUUGGUCUCUUAGACAAAAUAAUACUGGUGGGGUUAUAUCCAAAGUAACUGUGGCUGAUGUUCGGUAUCCUGAUCAGAGUCACCAAAAUUUUAGUUUACAUGCUGUUCUUCCUAAUGGAAGAAAACAGCAUGGCUUAAAAGAGUUACCAAAUAUGAUGUAUAAAGAAGAUGGACCUACUCAAUUGUCAAACCCUACAAAGAAGAGCUUACUGGUGUCGGUGAUAAAUGGAAACUUAAAUGAUGUGAAACCAGCUCCCAUCGUAAGCGAACCUGAUUCUUUGAAACUGAGCAAGUCUAGCAAUUUAGCUGUGGAUAAACACAAACAUAAGCCAAGAGAGAAGCAUAGAGGACUGGACAACUGUUCUGAACCAGGUAGUGGAUUUAAAAUAGCUUUUUACGCCUAUAACUUCCUUUUCUUGAAGCUUGAAAACCUUAUUUCUUUGCUAAAACACACAGGUGGUGGUUCUAAGCGAUCAAAGGGGAAAGUCAAAAGAGGCUCUGAUCAAGAUUGUUUUAGAGAGAAUAAAAAAAUCAGAAUUGAAGGUUUGCCAGAAGAUUGGAUGUCGGAUCAUGGUGGGGCAAUUGAAAAGGUGGACCCUACUUCAAGCAAUGGUUUGGCUACUAUGUCAUCAGGGAAGAAUCUUCCGAAAUACAAUGACUGUACUUCUAAGAACAUAAAGCAUUUUGAAAAGGAUCGGCCCCAACUUUCUGCUAAAAAACUGAAGGGUGAUGUCCGCCUGUCCUCGGAUAAUGGGUCUGUCGAUAUGGUGAACUGUGAUGAUAGAGACACCAAAAAGAGGAAAGUGAAAGAAAUUCAUGAUGCUCAACUCUAUCUGGGUUCUGUUCCAAACACAGGGCAUCAUAUCCAGGAUAGUAAUAUCUUGGCCAAGGAGGAGUUCAGUGAGAAUGAUUAUGGGAAGAAUAAGAAGGCCAGAGUAUCCAGGUCUGAAGGGAAGGAGGCCAAUGGAAGUAAAAGCUAUAGUAGAACAGACAAAAAAGGUAGUCAUAGAAAGAACCCGCAGCUGGUACAUGAGCUAGGGAGCACCCUAUCUCAGCGGAGCUUGGAUGGUGUGGAUUCUUUGAAGAGGGAUUCUGGAUCAUUACAUCUGGCAGCUACUUCUAGCUCUUCCAAAGUUUCUGGUUCCCAUAAAACCAAAGCCAAUUUCCAUGAUGCAAAAGGCUCACCAGUAGAAUCAGUUUCAUCAUCACCUAUGAGAGUUUCAAAAUCGGAAAAACUUACAUCAGCAAGAAAGAAUGUCACCAAGAAAGAUGACUCUGCUGAUGCUGGUUUCUUUGCCCUAGGUGGGCCGCAAAGAUUUCCAGAUGGGGAAGAUGAUGGUGGGAGCGAUCGAUCCAGGACAGCAAGGAAUGCAAAAACUCUUGUGCAGAAUGUUUCUUCUUCAGAUAUUGCUAAUGGCCUCCUCACAGAUGGCGGUGUAGAUAUUUUAAGCCAAAACACUCCAUAUCUUAGUAAACCUGCAGCUUUGAAUCAAUGCCAUGACGAUGAAACACAAAACAAAAGUCACGAUCUUGUGAAUGGGUAUCGUCCAACGAAGUCUGGAAAGCAUUCUUCUUCACAGUCCAAGGACAAGAAUAGGAAUUUUAAUUCUGAAUUUAAAAACGAAGUUAAGGUUUCCAAGACCUUUAAUGCACAAGCACCUUUGCGUGGAGUAAACCCAACAAAUUGUAAAAACAAGACUGAAGUGGAGUUUUGGAUCAACUCUGAGGAAAAUGAGAAUAGAUAUGUUGAAAAGAAGGACUCUGCAGGACAAGUGUUGAGUGAUGAUAGUAAAACAGAGAAUCAGUUAAAUGUUGGGGGACCCGGUGGUUCAGAUGUUAAAAUAGGUGGUACUGACAACCAUAAUACAGCCUCUACUCUAAAUCAGAGUGUGCAAAUAGAUGGUGAAACAGUCUCUGAGAGAGGGAAGUCUCAAUCAUUGCCUCCUGGAGGAGCUCAAAAUGAGACAAUUGCUGACUGCCCUCAUCCAAAUUCUGCCUCUGCUGGGGAUAAUGAAAUGAAGGAGUCGAAACAGAUUAGGAAGGCUGAUCAUCCAAACAGGAUUCAUCAUCGUCUUAGCAGUUCCAAAAAUGCCUCAUCAAAUGGGCACAGGGUCAGGGAUCUUGAUGCUCCAAGUCCGGUUAAAAGGGAUUCCUCCAGUCAGGCUGCUAACAGUGCUAUGAAAGAAGCUAAAAAUCUGAAACACAUGGCUGAUCGUCUUAAGAACUCUGGUUCAAAUCUUGAGAGUACAAGGCUUUACUUUGAGGCGGCUCUGAAGUUUCUUCAUGGAGCAUCUCUGUUAGAAACCUGUGGCGGCGAUAAUGCCAAAAAUGGAGAGCCGAUGCAAGUUUACAGUAGCACUGCGAAGCUAUGCGAAACCAUGGAAUCUUGCCUUUUCUAUUUGUUUGUUUAUCUGUUUAAAAUUGCAACACGGCGGCUCUUGUUGUUUAGGUUCUGUGCCCAUGAAUAUGAGAAAUGCGACGACAUGGCUGGUGCUGCUCUGGCCUACAAAUGCAUGGAGGUUGCAUACAUGAGGGCGAUUUAUUCCUCACAUACCAAUGCAAAUAGAGAUCGGCAUGAGUUGCAGAUGGCUUUGCAAAUUAUUCCUCCAGGAAUAGCGUACACUUCUGAAGUGUCAAAUAAUCUUCGAACAUGGUUCUAG